AUGACAUCGAAAGAUAGUUCUUACACUAUUAACAUCCAAUGUUUAGUGCUACCAUCUAUAACUGCUCAAUUACCAACAUCACCAUUGAAUCCAAAUGUAAAGGCCACUUUGCCGCGUCAUGUUACCCUAGCUGAUCCUUCGUUUGAUAAACCUGGUCCAAUUGACCUAUUAAUUGGAGCAAAUGUAUUUUAUAAUAUAUUAUCCAAUCAACGAUUGAAGCUACAAAACGGUCUAGUUGCACAAUCCACUAGUCUUGGUUGGAUAAUUGCAGGAGGUGGGAAUGUACCUACUGAAUUGCAACCCAGGCCAAUAGCAUGUCAUUCAAUUGACCAACUCCAUCAACAAAUUACACAGUUUUGGCAAACUGAAGAGGGCAUGCUCACGCCAGCGGUAAGGAAAAACAGCAUCGAGGAACAACAAUGUGAAGACUUGUUCGAGAAAACUACAUUACGUGAUAUAGAUGGAAGAUACAUUGUGCGAUUACCAUCUCGUGAUGAUGUCAGAAAGCUCGGUCAGUCUAGAGCAAUGGCUACUCAACGCUUUUUGUCCAAUGAAAGGAAACGCGAGCGACAACCUAACAUCAAUGCCCAAUAUCAAAAGUUUAUCCAAGAGUACUAUGACAUGGGCCACAUGGAGAAGGUGCCAAAGCCUGGAUUGCCUGGAUUCAAAAUCAUUCUUCCUACCACACCACCAUAUCACACAAGAAUCUAG